AUGGCGUUUAAUCGACACCUACACGCAGAUCUCAAAGCCGCGGUUCGCGAUUCGCGCCGCAUCGAUUUGUUACAACAGAGUAGUGUUAUGUACAUACAGGAGAAAGCACCACGACCAAAGAUCCAGCGGUACACCGAUCGCUACAGCCACAAAGAGCUGUCAACGGAAGUGUCGGGGCUUAUCGCCGAGGCGAUGUGGUCGUACUUUCCGGACGAAUUAAGGCCGAGUGUCAAGCGACUGAAGAUAGCCAAGGUUAAGAAAGAGGGACCCAGUGCCACAGUUCUGUUUGGCAGCGCAGUGGAUGCUAAGGAUACUGCCGAUGGAG